AUGAAAUUGUUUUACCUGUUAACCAUCACUGAGCACACUCUCCCUCUGGGCUCUCUUCCUGCUCUACCAGACUCUGCUGCUUUCCAGUUCUCCAUUGCUCCCAAGAGACUACCAACUGGGGAUGAUGAGGUUGGAGCAGCUGGCUCCUGGCAGCCUUUCUUGUCUGUUUCCUGUCAGUGUGAUCCCAGGUUCUCUCCUUCCUGUCCCACCAUCCCUCCACAGGGCAAUGAGAAGGUGAAAUCAUUUUGGGAAGAGAGGGCUGGAUGGUGGUGGAGAGGACUUCCUGAAGCGUCUCAGCUCUGUGCUGAGGUUCCAGACUUAGAAACAAACCCUCUGUACAGAGGGAUUUGUGGUGAGUGA